CUCAUAAAUAUAUUUAAAUUCACAAAAGUAGUCAAGUUAUCGGAAUCUAUUUUAUUAUAUUUUUUUUAUAUACAAAAUUAUAAAGUUUUCCCAAAUUUUAAAGAAACUAUGUUCAAAGCAAAUCAAAAAGCCAACAAGCAGCCGGAGGAUAUGGAGGUACAAUCGCCCGAUUCCAGCAAAAAUUGCAGCUUUAAUGAACUGAAGAUGAAGAAAACAGUUCGCGAAGAGGUGACCAAAAUUAUGGGGUCUCGGGAGUUCAAGCGUGACGUAGCUCAAGAAAUGAAAUUAUUGGAAGACUCCAAAUGUGAUUAUAUUGAAACGGAAGACAUCAGAAUUGCAUUUCAGUCAACUUUAAGAAAAGACAGCGAACGGAAUCCUCGUCCUAUACAAAAUCUACAGAAACAUUUGAGCUCAAUUGAUGCAAAGUUAAACAAAAUUUCGGAUCAGAUGGACAAAAUAAUACAACAGGAUCAUUACAUUGAAGAAUCCUUAGUUCUGGAGAUAAUGCAGUCGAUCGUAAAGAAGAUGGCAACGGGUAAAUCUAUUGAAUUGAAUGAGCCGACAAAGCUUAGUACGGGCAUCUAUGUAAGGAGCGAAGAUGAUGCGUCUGGGACAUCUCAAUCCGAGUCCUAUUUGUUAAUAUCAGAGAAGAAGAAAGAAAAUUAUUAUGGACUGUUGAAGAAAUAUAAAGAAGAAAGCAAAGCUCAAGAAAUCGAGGAUAUUUUUAUGUCACCAAAUGACUUGGAUUUGGAAAAUUUGACCAAAUCUUUCAGUUUUCCAUAAUUGCCAGACAUUCAGUGGAUAAAUUUCUCAGACGAAUUGCUUAUGGAAUUUUGUGACAUAUAUAUUAUCUAUUUAAUCUUCAGUUCAGGAGAGAAAAAAGUUGAAAAAGUGUCAAAAAUUAGUGCUGAAUAUCUGUUUUGGAACACCUUUAUGUGGCGGCGUGUGAGGGUGUUGUCAAAGCAGCUUCAAACAACUUUGUAAAGUACAGUCACAAUUUACAUACGUAUUCGUCGGGGUAGACAAAGCAACAUACAUAUGUAUAUUGCUAAGAAUAUUUAAAAAUUUCUAUAUUUUCUAAAAUUUCAAUUGAAAUUCAAAAAUAAUGCCUGUAAAACGCCUGGCAUUCAAUAAGAAGACCUCUGGUCUUACAAAGAAGACACCUGGACUAGACGGAAUUGGCAGUCAUAACAACAAACCGAGCGAGGAAUUCGAUUAUCCGUUGACCGAAUCAAUCAGUAAUCUUAUACAUCAACAAGUGACAUCAAUUAUGAUGUCCAAGGAUUUCCAUCGGGACGUUGCUCGCGAAAUGAAACGCUUAGAUGAACCCCAAGAAGCGGUACGGUCUUGCGAUGCUGAGUAUGUUCGUAUGGAGGACUUAAAAAGGGCCGUAAAUGAGAUAAUAUCCCGGGAUUCCAUUCAGAAAGUCUUGGACAAUAAUGCCAAGUUAUUUGCAGAUGCCCUUCUGAAUUUAAAGAAACGUUUGUACACGGUCGAAGCUAAACUGGAGACUCUUCAGAGUCGCAUGUCGGAUGUGGAGCAAUUGGUACAUGAGCGUCACAACUCUCACAUUAAGCAGGUCGUGCGGACUAUGAUGAAAGAAUUUGCUCAAGAUACAAUUCCUCCUCGCCCAUCUCCGCAGAGGAAGAGGCAAUCGUCUGAACCGUCCAAAUCUCCAGCCAGAAUGUUGUUCAAAAGGCCAGCGGAUUCCGAAUAUUUUCGUCGUUUCGACUACAGCGAAGAGUUACCAAUUCAACAUGAAAAAAGUAUUCCCAUCAAAAAGGUGAAACAUCUCAAAUUACCGGAGGGAAAGUUUCCUAAAAUUUGUCACAAGAUCUCAAGGAAUGCUGCACGUUUCUCAGCCAGCGAUUCAAACUUGGGUGCAGCUGCUCGCCCAUCUAUUGUGGCACCGAAUGUUUCUUCGGCCUCUUUGUCUGUUUCUCUAGCCCCAAGCCGAAUGAAGAAACAACGUACCCAAAGUACAUCCGAACAGAAACGGAACGAGACAAAUGAUUUUCCUAAGAAAAGAUCCUCGUUUUCAAAUUACUCAAACGAUGUCGGUGAAACUUUUCCAAUUGGUCUACGACGAACAAAUGCAGCUACUUCCAUCAAGAAUGCACGGGCCAUGGAAUAUCAACCUCAUAAAAUACUCCAAAUCAAAGCUUAUAAGAGUAAGCGCACCUGAAUAAAUCCCAUUCAGGAGUGGAAAAGGCACGAAUUAGAUUGUCUCUACAAAAUCUACAAAAUUUUCAUUUAAUUUGAUGUAAACAUUUUUAGUUUAAGUAAUAUGUAUUUUAAAAAUUUGUUUUGGUUCACAGAAGAAAAAGAAAAAAAAACGUUAAUAGACGUAUAUAACUUAUACAAAUUUA